UUAACCCCCCAACAAGACAGAGGACAAACUACCAAAGAAAAAAAUCUAGGUAGAAAUAUCAGCGAGAGCCAUAACUAAGGGACAGAAGUGGAGGAAUUGUCAAGAAUGUUGUAUAUCUAAGCAAUCUAUUUGUAAUCAUAAUCCAGGAUCAGCGGCCACAUCUCAAAAACUGACGUGACGCGUACAACUAAAUAACUAAAGGUUUUGAAAGUGGCCAAUGGGGAAAUGUUUCACAUAGUCAAACUUUUAGAACGUUGCUCUUAUUACAUCUGUUCAGUGUGAUACAAGCUGCACUUCUGCAUGAAAAAGGAAAAAACAUUUUGCAACGAGACUGAAGGUCGGCAGGUCGAUCCCCAGUCUGACCCAUCUGCAUGCCAAAGUGUCCUUUGGCAAGAUGCUGAACCCUGAAUAGCCCCCCACAGAAUAACAAGGUGCACGGUAUGAAUGUGUGUGAAUGGGUGAAUGUAAAACUGUACUGUAAAGUGCUUUGAGUGGUCAUUAAGACUAGAAAAGAGCUAUAUAAAUACAAAACCAUUUACCAUUUAACAUUAAAUAAGGCAACAGCAACAGUUGCUACAGCCUCACACAAAUGCACCUGUUGUUGUGAAACGAGUUUAGCACACACAGCGGUUAUCUAGUGUCACCAUGACUCAGCAACAGACGGAUGCACCAACCAUCUUCCUCCACCUCAGGGGGGCUAAAAACUGUUUCUUAUAGGUGUUGCCAACAUUUUUGAGAAGAGAAUUCCUGUAAUGUUUCAGUCUUGCUAAAUAGAAAGACACCUAUUCGCCUGUUAAAGGAUAAGGUUGGCAUGGUAACCCUGCUGAGUCGAAAAAUUCCAACCAAGCCUGAAUUCCCACAUCUUACGAAACCGCUUGUUUUGUUUCAGUCCCUGUGUGCGUGCGCACCCGCAUGUGUGUGACUGCAUGAGGUACACACAUACAGACUCACAGGAGUACGGUGUUACUUACAGCACUGCAGAGUGGUUUCAUGGAUCUUGUUAGAGGCAGUAUUAGCUUUAGGUUCAGGUUUGGCCUAAAGUUCAAAGUAAAGAUUAGGAAUAUGUUCUAAAGACGGCCCUGGGUUCAAAGGAUUGAUAAAAAAUUCAUUCAAAACUUCACCAGUCAUCUCCAGUUUUUCUAAAGCUAGCUUGUUAGCCAGUGGCAUGCAUGGGCAUGGCUUGUACUGUCAAAGUGAUAAAGCAACAAUGUUUAGCAGCUCUGAGGCCCGAGGACAUCUCUGAACUCCAAACAACUGAGGCAUGAAACUUCUCAGUGAAACUUCUAAACACCAAAUGUACUCUUUAUCAUCUGGAUCACAGCUCUGUGCCUCAUCAUGUCAUCUACACAGAGAUAUGAAACAGACAAAAUAUCUGUCCUCAGACUCAUGACACUAUAUAUGUUGCUGUGUUUCUAUAGGGUUGGUUUUGUGUUCAGGUGAAAUAUAAAGAUAAAGUCCAGUUUGUAGAUCUAUUAGAUACUAAGACAAUUCAUGUUAAUCUCGUCUUGUUUUGCUGGAUAACACUACCUUGUGAAGUGGAAAAAGUAGAACCAAAAUCUCCCUUCAACAGUCUUCUUCUAAAAUUAGCAUAUUACAAAAAUCAAUAGUUCUCAAAACUAUCUAUCUUAAUGGUUGUAUAUAACCUGCAUCUCUUAUUUCCUACAAUAUCCAGUGUAGCAGCGGGUGGUUAUGGAGCUGCCUGCAGCAUUCCUGUCUGAAGACCAGUUCACCUGCUCCAUCUGUCUGGAGGUGUUCAAUAACCCUGUAUCAACACCAUGUGGUCACAGCUUCUGCCAGGCAUGCAUCUCCUUUUACUGGGCAGGAGUGGCAUCGGUGCGAGGAGCUGCAAAGAUCUACCAGUGUCCACUAUGUAAAGAGUCCUUCCGCAAGCGCCCGGAGCUUCAGAUCAACCGAACCCUGAAGGAAAUCACUGAACGAUUCAAGGAGAUUGCCAAUUCUGGAAUGGCUGAACGAGGCAGAGAAGGAGUGGAGGACACCCACUCGCAUCCUAACCAUCAUCAUCUCCCGGCCACAAGGUCAGGAGAGAUGCCAGAGGGCAUCAUUGCUGAGAUGAUGACCCGUUUCCAACAGCUGCCGACCCAUCCCAGUGACCUUCACGACCAGAACCCCAACAGAGUCACCUCUCAAAUGGCCAUCAGGGCUCAGAGCACAGAGGAGCUUGACUCACCUCCACCCUAUUUAUCUCUCCGCAGGUACACUCUGAGCGGUCCAAUUGAUUCCUCGCCCAGUCUGCCUCUGUGUCCCCUCCACCUGAGAGCUCUCGAGUUCUUCUGUCGCACUGACAACGUGUGUGUGUGCAACAUGUGUGCGGAGGCAGCAGAGCACAGAGGACACACCAUCCGCCCGGCCAAGAGGGAGUGGCACAUCAAGAAGGCACAGUUAGGAGUUGAAGAGGGGGAGCUGAAGGAUCUGAUCUGCGAGAGAGAGAGGAAACUGGAGGAAGUACAGAGCUCCUUGCGAGAGAUGCAGGCUGCUGCUGAGAGAGAGACCGAUGGGGCUGUGUGUGUGUUCUCCAAAGUGAUCUCCUGUGUGGAGCGCUGCCAAGCUGAAGUCCUGGAGGUGAUACAGAUGAGUCAUCGAGCGGCCGAGCAUAGAGCUCAGAGUCUGGUGCGAGAGCUUGAGGAGGAGAUCGCUGAGCUGAAGAGAAGGAGCACAGCACUGAGCCAGCUAGCUAUAUCUGAAGACUACAUCGACUUUCUAAUGACAUUCACUGGCCUGUCCAACCCCCCUCCAGCUAAGGACUGGUCCAGUGUCUCUGUGUCGCCUGAGCUGACCUCAGGUCUGAUUCUACGGAACCUCAGUCUAACGAUGGAACACUUUCAGGAGGAGAUGCGCAAACUGCCAGAAGUCUUCAUUCAGACCCAGAGAGAAACUGGCCAGCGAUUUUCUUUGGACCAAUCUGUGCCCAGACCAAAUCCAAAGAUAAGGAGGGUUCAGGAAUAUGCAGCUGACAUCACUUUAGACCAAAACACAGCCCAUCCACGUCUCAUCAUCUCAGUAGAUGGAAAGCAGGUGCACUGUGGUGACCGCCAUCAGCCGGUUCUGGACUAUCCUGAGCGCUUCGACCGGGUGGUGUGUUUGCUGGCCCGCCAGGGCUUCAGCUCAGGACGACAUUACUGGGAGGUGGAGGUUGGAGGAAAGACAGACUGGGACCUGGGAGUGGCAAGCCGGUCUGUCAAUCGGAAGGGCAAAAUCACCGUAAGCCCCGCCCAUGGUUAUUGGUUCCUCAGCCUGCGGGAUCGGGCCGACUAUGCCUUUCGAACGGAACCCUCAACCAGCCUCACUGUCAACCCCAGACCUUCACGGAUUGGAAUCUAUGUGGACUGUGACAAGGGACUGGUGUCCUUCUACAAUGUGGAGGCCAGAUUGCUCAUCUAUACCUUCACAGAUAGUUUUCCUGACACCAUCCAUCCAUUCUUCAGCCCCUGUACUAACAAGUCAGGAAGAAAUGAGGGUCCACUAAUCAUUCGCCCUGUUGCAAUGACAGAAUGAAAUAAGUCGAAAUUUUAAGGAAAUCUUUACAAAUGAGGAAUUAUUUAACAGACAAACACCUGGAACACAAUCCAAGCUUCACCUAAUUCCUUCAUGGCAAUAGAGCAAUGAACAGACUGUUGAUGUUGACAAGGGCGUUCCUCAUUUUGGGCCAAUGUGAACUCUCAAGACUGAAGUCAGCAGUGGUCAAUAUCACUGAAACAAAGAAAGACUAAACUGGCUGUAAUUCAAAUUACCCACCUACAAUGCCUGAAUUUAGGUUCAAAGCACAGCAUAUGUUGGCAUGUUAACAGGGAUGUGCUGUGAGAAAUGUAUACUAAUGUAGCUGAGGAUAAUUCAUCAAAUAUGCCAUAAAGUGUUUUCAGCCCUCUUAAGGCUUCCAUUGAGCCUCAUGCUACAUUUCUGGCUGAGCUGGUUUAAAGUAUGCACUUCAUUUAAAAGUCAUAAAAACAAUUUAUUGAUUAGACCUGACACAUCUGAAUGUGUGUCGUCCUCCCUGGUUAAUGAAAUGAUGUCACAUGCAUACAAGUAGAAGUUCAAGGCUCUGGGAAACGUCAUGAGUCAAACGUAGUGAAAAAACUAUAUUUACCUUUUUGCAGGUUGAAGUUACCAGUCAGUUGUUUUUACAGAAGCCUCCUUUAUAAAGGCAAUCUAUGGGGGAGAGUUGCUGCUGUUGCUUUUUGCUUGUUGCACUACUUUCUGUUGUAUAUGUCCAUUGCUGAUAAUGCUAUGUGUUAAUAUGCUGUUUGUUUAACAUUUAACAUGUUCCAAUACUAAAAGUGUCAGUUAUUGGUAAUUUAACCAGAUUAAUUAAAUUCUUAAAUUAUCUUUCUCUAUUAAAGGUACUAUGUAGAUUUGUUUCUCUACUGCUGAGCCUGGUUUCUUGCUGGAAGUAAAUGGUAAAUAGUUUUGUAGAUACCAGUGGGUGCUGGUGAUGGUCACUGCUUCAGCUGUUGUUUAGUUUAAUAGACAAGAGUUUAUAUCUUCAGCACUACUUCUUGAAGCAGACGCUAAAGACAGUAUAAGCAAAGAAUUGAUUGAAAUACAACCAAAACAACAGCUGAUGUUAUUGCUGACAGCCCUUGGUGAGUAAAAUGAUCAAGUUUGCUGCUAAUCUCUUUCUGCUAAAUCUUUUCAGGUGCUUAAUGUCUAACUUCCUUCUCAGGAGUCGCUAUGCUGCUGUAUCUUGAAUACAAUAAAUGUUAUUUUAAAACAUUAACUUAAACUUUAACGGGAUAUCAUUCGCUGUUCACGUUGUCAGAAUAUUGAAGGAAAAUCUAGUAGAUUUCAUUUACAGAAUGAUUGUCUUGUGAAAGACUUUUUAACAGUGGAAUUCUUGCAAAACAUGUACUUCAUCAGAUCAUAAUACCUGAUGUGUGUAAAUAAAUAAAUAAAAAAACAUUGGAGACGUU